GCCAUGGAUGGUGUCCAAGCUGUGCGCGCCCCCGCGUCUCUCUCAGCGCGCCCCCGCUGGCGAGCCCGAGCCGCCAGUGCGCAUGCCCGGUGCUGUCGAGGCCGGGAGCCGGUCGCCAUGGCGUCUCAGGUUAUCAAACUGUCAGCUCUUCCAACUGGCCUCGGGCUUGUCACAUUCAGAGUGUACGCUUCCAAUAAAAAUCAACAAGGCAGGCAUCUCGUCAAACCUGAGCAGCUUUCAGUUUAUAAUGAACCUUCAGCAAACUGCAAGUUUGUAGUGGAGCAGCCAGGCCGUUUGCUUGAGGGGAUCUCUGCUCUGAGACAGACUGUUCAACCGUAUGCUGCUCGGUGUAAGGGUGCGUAUAAUGCUGUUAAAGGUGGCGCAGAAAACUCUGUUGCAAUUGGAAAAGGUGCGUACAUCUUCCUCAAGAAUCCACCCGAAGGCUUCUUUCCAAGAAUGGGUGUGAUAACAGUAUCUGGAUUGGCAGGACUAGUUCUAUCGUCAAAAGCUUCCCGGGUUCAGAAAAUGGCAUAUCCUGUGGGACUCGCAGCUGUGGGAAUGGCCAUUUGCUACCCUCAGCAAGCUAUUGCUGUUGCAAAGUUUUCUGGGCAGAAGAUGUUUGCCAUAAGCCAGGGGAGUUAUGAGGCAAUCCGAUCCCUCUGGAAAGAGAGUCCACAGAAGAAGGAAAGACUAACAACGACUAAAGACCUGCAGAUCACUAAAGGACAGGAGCCCCAGCCAAACCAAGAGAGAUUUAAUAGGAUAGAAGGCGGCAUCUCUCCAUUGCCACAGAAUCAGCAGCCAACAAUAUCGGAUAUUGUGUUUGUGGCAGCAGAAGAAAAACGAAUGAUUCCAGUCGACUCUAGCUUGCUAGAUCAUGGUCAGUCAAGUCCUGAAGAUACAGACUUGUACACCACUCGAAGUUAAGAGACCAGAUGUCUGCAGAUAUUUACAAUGUCCGAUGUCUGAAUUUGUUAGUCGUGCGUAAGUUCAUAAAUUCAGUACCUCGAAUGAUACCAUUUAUACCAGUGCAUGAAGUUACUUUAUUGUACACUGCCUAUUUAUAUGUAUCUCAGAUUAAAAAAAGUGUUCAUAA